CUUACCUAGUGCACAUUUAGGUCUUUUUUAAAGUAUACAUUACAAUUACAUAUAAUGUUGAUUGGUCCCACUGCCGUACUUUUUGGUGCUCUUGCCGGUACGUUAAGUGUCGCCUGGCAUACAAACUCUUACUAUGGAGGCAGUGAUGGCUACUUUAGCACCAGAGUUUGGCCGAAGAUUUCUUGUUAUUAUUUUGUUUACAUCUACGGACAUGGUUGGGAAUACAGAUUUAACCCAGACGGGACACCAUGCUGGUUGACACCAAUUCGAAAUAGCAUUGGCCAUUGUCACCAAGGAAUGUGUAUGGCGAAGAACACUUCUGAAGCGCCAAGCUGCUACGACAUGAACAAUAAUGACGGAUACGCGACCAAAUGCGAGUCCACCGCUUGUAAUGGAAUGCCCUGUCUUAACUUGUUUACUAGACCACCAAGUGCCGUGGCCGGUAUUUGCAAGCGAAGGAGCUGCGUUCCCUUUUAUGAAUUGUUGCUAUGA